UGCAGAGAUCACACAUCUGUGCUUAUUUCCCUACGAUCAACUGGGAUGAAAUGAUAACAGCUCACCAGCACAAGGCAUUGAAAGCCCAUUCUGUAAGAUGACAUUUAGAGGGGAGGAAAUAUUUUAUUACUACCAUGUGGCAUUUCAUUGAAUACUUUUUAUCCUGAAGAAAUCCAAGGGAUUACGGUGACUUGUUUGUUUAUCCUAUAUAUUUCCUUACAUUGACUGGAAGGAAUUUAUCUGCAGAGGGCUGGUUGGUUUAGAGGAGAGAGGAAAAAAAAAAGAAGAAAAGAAAAUAUACACAGUAGGAGCGUGCAAGUGGAAUGCAAAGAGGAAAGCCGGACCUGUGUGGGAAAAUACAUGUGAGGGAAACUGAUCUGGAAUGAAGAUAAUUGUGAAUACCAUGACGGUGUGUGCCUUACUGUGCAACCAAAAACAUGUUGUUGAGGAAGAGGUGCAGAUCCCUGCUGUGCCAGCUGCAGGUCCUGGUGCUACUCUUGGCAUUGGUUCUACUGUUGGUGAUGGUGGCCAUUCUAGACCCAGAGGUACAGAGUGAGGACAGCUCUGGCUAUGUGUACCAGCACCAUGGCACUGGGCAGAGAUGGGCAGGUAGCUCUUUAUUGGAGCAGUCCGAAGAUUCCAACCAGUAUAAAGUGGAGCUCCUGUCCCCGCUGUCUUCUCUGAGGGAUGAGGAGCUAAUAGCCAUUGGGAUUCCCGAACAUGGAAAUAACCUUGAGAAGAUCCGGAGAAACAUCUACAAGAUAGUGAAGCAUUCCAAGAGGAAGAAUGAAGUUGAUAUUGAAGCCCAGAACGAGCAUACUGAGCAGGGAAGGAACAGACAGGAGUUUAAUGAGAAUGGGAGCCAGAAAAUCCCUCUACACCGAGCAGUACCUGAAGGUCGCCAUCCAUUGUGUCACCAGCAGAUUUACACUGACAAUCUCCCUACAACCAGUGUCAUUAUCUGCUUUCACAAUGAAGCCUGGUCCACACUGCUGAGGACAGUACACAGCAUCCUAGACAACUCUCCCAGAAAGAUGCUGAAGGAGAUUAUCUUGGUAGACGAUCUCAGUUAUCAAGGUCAUCUUAAGUCUGCUCUGAGUGAAUACAUCUCUUUUAUUGGUGGAGUGAAGCUCAUAAGAAGCAACAGAAGGCUUGGUGUUAUAGGAGGUCGCAUGCUUGGGGCAGCCAGAGCAACAGGGGAAAUUCUCGUCUUCAUGGACCCACACUGUGAAUGCCACCCAGGCUGGCUAGAGCCAUUGCUGAGCAGAAUAAUGAAUAACAGAAACAGAAUAGUUUCGCCUAUUCUAGAUGUCAUUGACUGGAAAAUGUACGACUAUUAUCACUCGCCUGACCUGAGACAUGGAGUGUUUGAUUGGAAACUUGAUUUUCACUGGGUUACUCUGGCAGAGAGUGAAGAGAAGGUACGACAAUCUCCCAUCACUCCAUUCAGAACUCCUGUAAUACCAGGAAGUGUAAUAGCUGUCGACCGUCACUACUUCCAGAAUAUCGGAGCCUUCGAUACAGGCAUGGAGUACUCAGGAGUCGAAAGUAUUGAGCUUUCUAUCCGGGUUUGGCUCUGUGGUGGCUCAGUUGAAAUCGUACCAUGUUCACGAGUUGGCCAUCUAUCUCAGAUUCACAGCACGACUAAUAGAACUGAAAAUGAUGCAAUUCUAAUAAACAAAAUCCGAAUAGCAGAGGUAUGGAUGGAUUCAUACAAAGAGGUCUUCUAUCAGAACAUUGGAAAGGAGCUCUUAAGCAACCUGAGCAAGAAGAUUGAUGUCACUGAUCGUGAACAACUGCGACUGAGACUUGGCUGCAAAGGGUUCCAAUGGUUUUUAGAAAAUAUCUAUUCAGAGAUCAACACUUCAGUUUCGGUGCAGGAAUCAUCUGUCCUGCUGUAUAAUACGGAAGCAGACUCCUGUGUGCAGGCCAUAUACAACAACAGAAUGUCACAUCACAUGGUGGAACUUUCAGACUGUAGUGUUAAAAUGAAUCAGCUAUUUGUGUAUCGCAAUAAGAAGAUCCGUUCUAAUUUCACAGAGUCACUCUGCUUUGAUCUAAUGUAUGACCAGAUAGUCGUCACAAAUUGCUCUGUGAAAGAAGCAUCCAUGUGGGAUUUCAAUGAGGCUGGACAACUGAUACACAUUCCUACAGGCAAGUGUGUGGAAACAGUGAGCAUAGAGACUGGCAAGACUUUUCUCUUCCUUAGCUUGUGUAAGAAUAACCAAGGAAACCAGACCUGGAAAAUGAUACCAGUGUGAGGAUGUAAACUGAACGUUUGUAUAUUAUUUAAUCUGAAAACUGCUGUAAUGUUAUUUAUUAUUGCGCUGUACCCAGAAGAUUAUCCCUUUUCCUAUGGCAAGGAAUCCUACAGCAUCUAAUUUCAAAUAGCACUCUUGGGCAUUACAAUGGCUUACAUGUAGAUUUUAUGUAUAAAUGGCAGAUUCUGUGUAUAAAAAUGACUUCAAACGCAAGGUUGUUAAAAACAUUACAAAAGGUGUUAUUACUUAAGUUUGUUAAAGU